GUCCAGAAGGGCUUUCGCAAAGAUGUCUUUAACGCCAGUGCCCCGACGGCCUUCAAACGAAAGCUUCUGCAUUUCCACCUGAACAAGAAGCAUUAUCGAAUGGAAAUGUAUGAGGUUCCAAUCAGCUGGAAGUCUCUGACAUCCGACGACGUCUUUAUUUAUGACGAGGGUGCCAAGAUGAGUCAGUGGAACGGAAGCAAAUGCGAUGAGGAGGAGCGAAUAACGGAAGGAUGGGUGGUACCAGUUAGUGUCAUUUUGGAUGAUUCCUUCAUAGUGAGCAUAUUACGUCGCACCUUAAGUAAUUAA